AUGCUCCUACAAUAAGGUGGGAAUUUUGUUAAUUAAUAGGUGACUGUCUAAGCACCUAAGAAAAUUUAAUAGAAGCUUAAUGCGGAUUUUGAAUCUCGUACCAAUUUACAUCAAUUGUAGUGUCAGGAAAUUUAAGGAUCUGUAGUUUAUUAAGUAAAUCUCCCAUUAAAAGAUUACCCAGCACCCGCAUUUUCAACAAUUAAAAAUCCUAUUAAGUUCUGCAAAUAUUAAGAUUAUAAACAAGCAAUAAGGUAGUUAUACUUUGAGUUAAUUUUCAUUAUGUGUGGAUAUAAACCAAUAAGAGUAUUAUCAUGA